AUGGACGAGAAGCCCGCAACCAUUAUGGAGGACAGUACGGAAGAUGAAAAAGCUCUUCUUGAGAAUUGGGAAAGGUCCAACAGGUUGUCUUUGAACUUGAUGAGGAUGACGAUGGCUGACAAUGUUAAGCCAUCUAUACCCAACACUGAAAAUGCAAGGGAAUUCAUGAAAAAUGUUAAAGAGUAUUCAAAUUCUGAAAUCACUGACAAAUCUGUUGUGGGAAAUUUGAUGAGUGAGUUGACGACUAAAAAGUUUGAAUGGUCUCAACCCAUUCAUGAUCAUGUAACUCAAAUGGGAAAUCUGGCAGCAAAGUUGAAGUCCUUUGGUAUGGAUGUGAGUGAAUCUUUUCUUGUACAGUUUAUAAUUAACUCGCUUCCUCUUGAGUUUGGACAGUUCCAGGUGAAUUACAACACCAUCAAAGAAAAAUAG